CGUUUUGACAGGUGCAACUGCAGAGCAGGCAGACGCACUGCCUGGAAGGACUUGGGGGAUCUUGACCUCCAAGAGGAGCCGGGAGGGGAGCAAGCUGAGGAGAAGGGGCUGACAGGGCAGAGGGUCUGCGUGGCGAGCGGGAAGCGGGACGAGGCGUCGAGAAGGAGGCUCACAAGCGGGCGGAAGCAUGACGACCCAGAUGGAGACGCACAUGCAAUACAACCACUCCUACAUGGUGACGGAGGAGUACAUGGCGCAGGAGGAGGACUGGGAUCGGGACCUGCUCCUCGACCCAGCCUGGGAGAAGCAGCAGCGAAAGACAUUCACAGCCUGGUGCAAUUCCCACUUGCGGAAGGCAGGGACUCAGAUCGAAAACAUCGAGGAAGAUUUCCGGAAUGGCCUGAAGCUCAUGCUCUUGCUGGAAGUGAUUUCAGGGGAACGGUUGCCGAAACCGGACAAAGGCAAAAUGCGCUUCCACAAGAUAGCCAACGUCAACAAGGCACUGGACUUCAUUGCCAGCAAGGGAGUCAAGCUAGUCUCCAUCGGCGCAGAGGAAAUCGUGGACGGGAACUUGAAGAUGACUCUGGGCAUGAUCUGGACCAUCAUCCUGCGAUUUGCCAUCCAGGACAUAUCCGUGGAGGAAACAUCUGCCAAGGAGGGGCUGCUCUUGUGGUGCCAGAGGAAAACUGCUCCUUAUCGGAAUGUGAAUGUGCAGAACUUCCACAUCAGCUGGAAGGACGGCCUGGCCUUGUGCGCCCUGAUCCACCGGCACCGCCCCGAUCUCAUUGACUACGCGAAGCUCAGAAAGGAUGAUCCUAUCGGGAACCUCAACACGGCCUUCGAGGUGGCCGAGAAAUACCUGGAUAUCCCCCGGAUGCUGGAUGCCGAAGAUAUCGUAAACACUCCCAAACCAGACGAGAAGGCCAUCAUGACCUACGUCUCCUGUUUCUACCAUGCCUUUGCCGGCGCCGAGCAGGCGGAGACAGCUGCCAACCGGAUCUGCAAGGUGCUGGCCGUCAAUCAGGAGAACGAGAAGCUGAUGCAGGAGUACGAGAAGCUGGCCAGCGAGCUCCUUGAAUGGAUCCGCCGCACCAUCCCCUGGCUGGAGAACCGUGUGCCCGAGAAAAGCAUGAGCGCCAUGCAGCGCAAGCUGGAGGACUUCCGGGACUACCGGCGCGUGCACAAGCCCCCCCGCGUCCAGGAGAAAUGUCAGCUGGAGAUCAACUUCAACACGCUGCAGACCAAGCUUCGCCUCAGCAACCGGCCCGCCUUCAUGCCCUCGGAGGGCAAGAUGGUCUCUGACAUCGCCAACGCGUGGAAAGGGCUGGAGCAGGCCGAGAAGGGCUACGAGGAGUGGCUGUUGACCGAGAUCCGGCGCCUGGAGCGCCUGGACCACUUGGCGGAGAAGUUCAGGCAGAAGGCCACCCUGCACGAGAACUGGACCAGAGGGAAAGAGGACAUGCUGUCGCAGAAGGACUACGAGUCUGCCUCCCUGUACGAGAUCCGGGCGCUGAUGCGCAAGCACGAGGCUUUCGAGAGCGACCUGGCCGCCCACCAGGACCGUGUGGAGCAAAUUGCUGCCAUCGCACAGGAGCUCAAUGAGCUGGACUACCACGACGCCGCCUCUGUGAACUCCCGCUGCCAGGCCAUCUGCGACCAGUGGGACACGCUGGGGACGCUAACCCAGAAGAGAAGGGACGCCCUGGAGCGGGUGGAGAAGCUGCUGGAGACGAUUGACCAACUGUACCUGGAGUUCGCCAAGCGAGCGGCCCCCUUCAACAACUGGAUGGACGGCGCCAUUGAAGACCUUCAGGACAUGUUCAUAGUGCACAGCAUUGAGGAGAUCCAGAGCCUGAUCACAGCCCACGAGCAGUUCAAAGCCACCCUGCCCGAGGCCGACAAGGAGCGCAUGGCCAUCCUGGGGAUCCAGAACGAGAUCCAGAAGAUCGCACAGACCUACGGCAUCAAGCUGUCGGGCAUAAACCCCUACACCAACCUGUCGCACCACGACAUCGCCACCAAGUGGGAUAAGGUGAAGCAACUGGUUCCACACCGCGACCAGACCCUGCAGGAGGAGCUGGCGAGGCAGCAGGCCAACGAGCGCCUGCGACGCCAGUUCGCUGCUCAGGCCAACAUCAUCGGACCGUGGAUCCAGACCAAGAUGGAGGAGAUCGGCCACAUCUCCGUCGACAUCAGCGGGUCCCUCGAGGACCAGAUGAACCACCUGAAGCAGCACGAGCAGAACAUCAUCAACUACAAGACGAACAUCGACAAGCUGGAGGGCGACCACCAGCUCAUCCAGGAGGCCCUCGUCUUCGACAACAAGCACACCAGCUACACCAUGGAGCAUGUCCGUGUGGGCUGGGAGCAGCUGCUCACCACCAUCGCGCGCACCAUCAACGAGGUGGAGAACCAGAUCCUGACCCGGGACGCCAAGGGCAUCAGCCAGGAGCAGAUGAACGAGUUCCGCGCCUCCUUCAACCACUUUGACCGGAAGCGGAAUGGCAUGAUGGACCCCGACGACUUCCGCGCCUGCCUGAUCUCCAUGGGAUACGAUCUGGGCGAGGUGGAGUUUGCGCGCAUCAUGACCCUGGUGGACCCCAACAACACCGGCGUGGUGACCUUCCAGGCCUUCAUCGACUUCAUGACUCGCGAGACGGCCGAGACGGACACAGCGGAGCAAGUCAUGGCGUCCUUCAAGAUCCUGGCCUCAGACAAGAACUACAUCACCAUCGAGGAGCUGCGCCGGGAGCUGCCCCCCGAGCAGGCCGAGUACUGCAUCAGCCGGAUGACGAAGUACACGGGGGCCGACGCGGUGGCAGGCGCUCUGGACUAUGUCUCCUUCUCCAGCGCCUUGUACGGGGAGAGCGACCUGUGAUUCCCCCGCGCCCCGAGCCCACCCCUUCGCCUGCCCGGACCGAAGCGGAACAACGUCCCCUCCCCGGCUGCGGGGAGCCCGCACCACCAAGAGCCGCGUGCCCCUGCGAGGGGGGAGAAGCUGCCAGCCGCCCUCCCCGCCGCCGGGCCACGGGAUCCCCCCUCCACCCACAAGCCGGGGCCGGGGCCUCCGGGUGGGCUUGGCGAGGAAACCCUGUCCGUGCUAGAAGCUGCCGCGCCUGCUCCCUGCUGCUGAGCUAGCUCUGCGUUCCCCCAGGCGAUGCCCCCGCCCCCGCCCCCCCAUAGCCUUGCCCCUUCCGGCAGGCCCUGGCCCCCCGGCCACGGCGGAGGUCCUCGGCCCUUGCCGCCACGGGGGCCUGAGGCCAAGACCAGCGUGGGGGCUGCCGGGGCGGGGGCUGGCUGGCUUGGCAGGGAUGCUGCACCAAUAAACCACACACACUGGAGCCCG